AUGCCUGCAGCUCACUCCCAAACACAAGCAGCCCCUCCACCACUUCUACCGCGAGCAAGCGGAUCUUCAGGGGAUGCCGCGAGGGGAAGCAGCAGCGUUAGCGACAUCAGCAAUGAGGAGACACCUUGCCGGCCCCCCCCAUCCCCUGAUUUCCCAGUUUCGCACCGCAACUACGCAGGGAGUAGCAGGCCGGGGGGAGCGCCGCCUUCUGGCUGGGGGGGAGCUGCACCCCACACUUCACCGCAUUACGUGCACAGCAGGGCGUCCUCACGCAGGUACCAGGAAGAGGGACUUCCUGCACACUACGGAGGGGAGGGGGGCCCUCCACCAAGGAACGUGUCCUUUGGUUUAGACGCCUGCUCUCCCUACGCAGAGAACAGGGCCCCCCGUCCUCCGCUACACGCCACUCCAGAGGCGCCACCACCCCCUCUCCCCCGUGGCGAGCCGCAGAGACACGCGAGGGGCCCCAGGGGACAGACUGGGAGGUGGAUGUUCUAA